CCUCCUGAGGUUCAGGUCAUGUACUCCUACAUCUGCCUGCCGCCUGGGGAGGGCAUCUGGCCUCGGCUGCAGUCCCUCACCUACACCUACCUGCCCGCUCCCCUGUUGCUGCCGCCCAUCCAGACCCACAACUUCUGCAGCCGGCCGGCCGGGCUGAGCGCGGCCCCGCGUGAAUUCCACUGCUUCUACGGUGCGACCCUGGCGUCCACGCCGCCCUGGUGGUUCUUCCCGCGGCCGGGUGCCGCUACCCUUGGCCCGUCGUUCCCCGCGGCCGGCGCGUCAGCACCAUCCCAGCCGGCGCCCGACGCCGAGGGCUGGGGACAGUGGCCUGAGGGCGGCAGCCUGCAGCUGCAGCUGCGCUGGGGACGCGUGGAGCGCACGCGGGGACCGCCCCUGCCGCUGCCAGACGCGGUGCGCCGCGAGCUGCGGCGCGUGUACGGCACCUACCCACGCACCGACGUACGCGUCACCCGGCGUGGCAGCCAGUUCCUGCUGCAGGCCGCGCCGCGCGUGGGCGAGCCCGAGUACCAGGUGGCGAGGCGUGUAGUGCGCCGGCCUGCAGGCGGUGACGAUGAUGGGGACGGCGGGGACGGCGGGGACAGCCGGGCCGCUCCCGAGGCGGUGCAGCGUGGCCGCCCCAAGAAGAAGCAAGGUCUGCGCUGAGCGCGCUUGCGCGCCUGCCGGCCCCGAGUAUGGUUUCUCUUGAGGGAAACCCGCUCGACGAUGCGGGAAAGGAGAAAGGUCUUGGGGUGAAAGCAGCACCUAGAUGCUUCUCCUCUCCGCCCUUAGCCGUCUGUGUGGGCCCCGCUUGCCCUCCUCUUCCAGCUUGGGAAGGGAAGUAAAUAAGUGGUAGAAGUCUAGUGUUCACAGCGA